ACACCACCAGUCAGGAUGAGUUACCUGACCUCUGACCCUAACCAGACAGAGAACAUUGACACCAUUAUCCGACCCCCUUACUUCUUCAUCAGUGGUUUCAUCGACAUCCCCCACAUGAAGUACUAUUACAUCUUCCUCUGCUUCGUUUACAUCAUCUCUCUGGUGGGCAACACUUUCGUCAUGAUGGUUAUCUACAUGGACAGCAGUCUCCACAGCCCCAAGUACAUUGCUGUGUUCAACCUGGCCUUCACAGACGUGUGUGGCAGCACUGCCAUGGUCCCCAAGGUCCUGGAUAUGUUCCUGUUCAGCAGACAACUCAUCUCCUACAACCAGUGCCUCACUAGCCUCUUCUUCAUCUUCCUCUUCCUCACCAUGCAGUCCUUCAACCUCACCAUCCUCUCCUACGACAGACUGGUGGCCAUCUGCUGCCCACUCAGGUACCAUAUGAUGGUGACUCACAGGUCCAUGUCCCAGCUGACGGGUGCUGCCUGGGUAUUUGCUGUGUUCAUGGUGUUGCUGKCUGUGUGCCUCAUCACCCGACUCUCCUUCUGCCGGUCUCUGGUGAUCAACAGCUACUUCUGUGACCACGGUCCCCUGUUCCGUCUGGCGGCCCCCUGUUCUGAUGUGGUCCCUAACAUAGUGAUGUCAUAUCUCAACCCCAGUAUAGUCCUCUAUUUCCCCAUGGUCUUCAUCGUAUCAUCAUACAUCUGUAUCACACACGCCCUGUUCACCAUCACACUGCCCCAGGACAGAGUCAGAGCCUUGAAGACGUGUACCUCACACCUGAUACUCGUAGCCAUAUUCUACCUGCCUAUUCAUUUUACAUACUUCCUUCACUCAAUCAUACCAACCAACGCCCGGAUCAUCAACCUCUCCCUGACCUUGGUGCUGCCACCCAUGCUAAACCCCAUCAUAUAUGUUCUGAAGACAGAGGAGUUUAAGGAAUCGGCCAAGAAGCUGCUUAGUAAAAGAGGAGCCCAGAGAGCUGUGGUGCCGGGCCAAUCAUCAUGA